AUGAUCAAUAAUCAAGUCCUCUUCACUGGAGAUUAUUGCAACCAUUCUAUACCAGAUCGAGCCCUCGAAACAGAGCCUAUAUCUAAAAGCGAAAGACAAAGGCCAAAGAAGAAAGCCAAAGAAAUGCCUCCUCCAGAACCUGCUCCGAAAGUGGAAAAACCAAAACCUUGCACCAUAGCAAUGAUUGGCGCAGCACCAUUUCGAAUGCUCAUGAAGCAAAGAGGAGCUCAAGUCUUUGCUAUAUCAAUGAAGGACAUAAUCGAGCACAAGAACAAGACCAAAACUGAAGAAAUUGACUCUCGACUGAUCCUUCCGAAGGAAUUUAAAAACCAAUGGAAGGGAGAAUACCAGACCAUGGUACGAGAACUUACCGCCUUCGACCAGGAACGGCGCUGGAACAACGAAUUGAAUCCGCUACCCGCUCUCGCAAGGACGUCCACACGUACCACGGAUACGGCAAAGACGUCAUCAGCGUCGAAGCCGACUCGAGCCACAUCCACUCUGUUCACCCGAACCGCGUUCCUCCCCAAGCCAGCCAUACCGGAACGUCCGAGAACCGCAGUCCCUGUGCCCUCAGGAAACUGUUUCAAGUGUGGCAAGCCCGGCCAUUUCCAGGACAAAUGCCCCCUUAACGCUACUAUCAAGGAAAUGGACCGUAACGACCCCGAGGCAGCAGAACAAUGGGAAGACGCCAUGGAACUUCAAUCGGAUGCGUCCCUCGAGGAAAACGACGAGGCCUAG